UCAUGGAGUUGGAAAGCAUGCCCAAGUUUCUUGAGAACAAGACAAUUUUAGUCACCGGUGCUACUGGCUUUCUAGCAAAAGCUUUUGUGGAGAAAAUACUGCGAGUGCAACCAAAUGUCAAAAGGCUUUAUCUUCUCAUAAGAGCUUCAGAUCUUGAGUCUGCCACACAACGCUUGCAUGAUGAGGUCAUUGGAAAGGAUUUAUUUAGGGUUGUCCGGGAGAAGUGGGGUGCAAAUCUAGAUUCCUUUAUAUCUAAAAAGGUGAUCGCCGUCCCGGGUGACAUCUCUUAUGAGAAUUUGGGAGUUAAAGAUUCUAAACUAAGAAAUGAUAUGUGGAAAGAAAUAGACAUCAUCCUGAAUUCGGCAGCUUCCACUAGUUUUGAUGAAAGAUAUGACGUCGCACUGGGCAUCAAUACAUUUGGCGCUUUGCAUGUUUCGGGCUUUGCCAAGAAUUGUAUCAACUUAAAAUUGCUCCUCCAUGUAUCAACCGGUAAUUCGUGUACAUAA